AUGUUGCAGCCAGAAUAUAUAUGUCGUGUUUGUCUGGCUGAAGGUGCGUGGAACAUCUUCAGUACAGACUUUGUCCCCGAUGAAAUGUGUACCGUCGCUUCGAUCAACCGCAUUCAAGAAAAACUGCAAUACGUGACACAACUCGAGCUGCACGAAAACGAUGGUUUACCAUUGCAUAUCUGCGAGCUGUGCAUAAUACAGCUAAACGUGGCCUAUCGUUUUAAACUACUCGCCGCCGAAUCGGACAGUAAGAUGCGGCAAACGUAUGAACUAAGUGAACUCUCGCCCGCGGUUCCAAAUGCGUCGACCAACGGCGAAAACGACGACGUCGACAACGACGCAACAGCAUCGGAAACAGUGAUGCUGAAAGCAGAAGUAUUUCCGGACGAAAUUUGUAUAGAACCUACAGUAAUCUUGGAGGAAAAUACCGAUUCAUGGACACCUGUAAAAGAUGAAAAUGUGUCGAACAUUCCACCUCGGCCUUUUCACAUUCAUGGGAUGGUUUCCUUGCAGAAAGACAUUAUCAAUCCUGCUGAAGACGAAGCUUACCUGAAAGAAAUCGUACACAAGGAGGUGAUUUCGAUAAAAUGGCCACAAAAGGACGAAGAAACAUGCGAUACACAACAUUCUGCCAAAUCGACAACCAGUACCUCGAGACAGUCCAAGGGUCAUCGGAAAACUCCACGGAAACGUCAACAAUUGCAAAGCAAAGCAAAACAGCACGGAUCCGAGGAAGGUUCACGAAAGCGCCAUAAAGGACAAGCGAAAAGUCAAGGCCGGGUGUCCAAAAAGAAAGAAAACAAAUUAACAAAACCGAAUAAUGGCACUCCAAAACAGAGCAGUAGCACUGGUUCAACGAAGAAGACGACGACGGUGAAAUCCGCUGAUGCUACGUUGCGCAAGAAGCGGCUCUUAAAAGUAUUAAACAGUUUACGCAUCGAUAUGAUGUACAACAAUACGGUGGAGUGGCACGAGAUGAAUGAUGUACCGAUUGUUGAAACUAUAGGGGAUCCGCUAUUACCACAAAUGCCCAUGAAACGACGUAAUUCCGUGUGUGUUUCAUCCUUUGCACCGUGGCUGUAG